UGCAUAUUACUACAAUAAGAGUGAAGUAUUUCCCAUCCCAUGUGGGCUUCUUCUUCUCAUCCCAUCCCAAUCCCAAAUAUGCAUCCUACUAUUAUCAUUCUUUUGGAUCCCUUUCCCAUCUAUCCAUCUAUCUUCCUCCCCAUUCUUCUUCUUCACCUCCAAAUAAAUCAUUUUUCCUCGUCCUCGUCCUCUUCAUCAUCAUCAUAAUCAUGUGGGAAUCAGAAUCGGAAUCCAUGCGGGACUAUGGAAAUGGAGGAGGAGUCCUGUCAGGUAAUUCCAGGCCUACUGCUUCUCUGCCUGUGCCUGUAACUGUAACUGGCACCCUCCUCAAUGAUGGCUUCGAGCAAAGAGGCCUCUCCUGGUAUGUCUCCACUGACAUUCCCAGCGAUCUUCUUGUCCAAAUUGGAGACGUCAGUUUCCACCUCCACAAGUACCCUCUCCUCUCACGAAGCGGGAAGAUGAACAGACUCGUCUACGACUCCCGCGAACCCAAUUCCCAUUUCCGGCUCGACGACCUCCCCGGCGGCCCCGAAGCCUUCGAGCUCGCCGCCAAGUUCUGCUACGCCGUCGCCGUCGACCUCACCGCCGCCAACAUCUCCGGCCUCCGGUGCGCCGCCGAGUACCUGGAGAUGACCGAAGAUCUGGAAGAAGGCAACCUCAUCUUCAAGACGGAGGCCUUCCUCAGCUACGUCGUCCUCUCCUCCUGGCGCGACUCCAUCCUCGUCCUCAAGACCUCCGAGAACCUCUCCCCCUGGGCCGAGAAUCUUCAGAUCGUCCGCCGCUGCAGCGAAUCCAUCGCCUGGAAGGCCUGCGCCAAUCCCAAGUCCAUCCGCUGGCACUACACCGGAAAACCGUCCCUCCGAUCAUCUUCUUCAUCCUCCAGCCCCAAAUGGACCCACAACAACAGCAACGAUCCCUCCACCAGCCCUAGCCGGACCGCCGCCGCCGCCGCAGUCCCGCCGGACUGGUGGUUCGAGGACGUCUCCAUUCUCAGAAUCGACCACUUCGUCCGCGUCAUCACCGCCAUUAAAGUCAAAGGCAUGCGCUACGAGCUCAUCGGCGCCGCCAUCAUGCACUACGCCGCUAAAUGGCUCCCCGGAUUAACCAAAGACGGCGGCGCCGACGGAGGCAGCAGCAGCUCCGACAACACAGCCUGGAAAGGCGGCCUGCACAUGAUCGUCGCCGGCAACAGGGAGGAGCCGCCGGCGCCGGCGCCGGCAACCCAGGCAAAGGAUCAGCGCAUGAUCGUCGAAAGCCUGAUCAGCAUAAUCCCGCCGCAAAAAGACAGCGUGUCGUGCAGCUUCCUCCUGCGGCUCCUCCGAAUGGCGAACAUGCUGAAAGUGGCUCCGGCGCUGGUGACGGAGCUGGAGAAGCGCGUGGGUAUGCAGUUCGAGCAGGCGACGCUGUCGGAUCUCCUCAUCCCUUCUUACAGCAAGACCGACACCAUGUACGAUGUCGAUCUCGUCCAGCGCCUCCUCGAACACUUCCUCGUCCAGGAGCAAUCCCAAUCCCAUUCCCAAUCCUCCAGCCCCACCAGACAUCAUCACCAUCAACAUCAUCAUCAAGACACCAAAAUGUACGAUAAUCUCCAGAGAUCAUCCACCAAUCCCAACGCCAAAAUGCGCGUCGCCAGGCUCGUCGACAGCUACCUCACCGAGGUUUCCCGCGACCGCAACCUGUCCCUGACGAAAUUCCAGGUCCUUGCCGAGGCUCUUCCCGAAUCAGCAAGAACCUGCGACGAUGGACUCUAUCGAGCAGUCGAUUCCUAUCUCAAGGCGCAUCCGACAUUGACAGAGCACGAGCGGAAGAGGCUGUGCCGGGUGAUGGACUGCCAGAAGCUCUCGAUCGACGCCUGCAUGCACGCAGCGCAGAACGAGAGGCUCCCGUUAAGGGUCGUCGUGCAGGUCCUGUUUUCCGAGCAGGUGAAGAUCAGCAACGCGAUCGCCAGCAGCAGCGCAGUCAAGGACAGCACCGGCGACUACAGUUACCAGCCAAUGGUGACGAAUCGGAAGACCCUUCUAGAAGGUACGCCCCAGUCAUUCCAAGAAGGAUGGGCCGGGGCGAAGAAGGACAUCAAUACACUGAAGUUCGAGCUCGAGAGCUUGAAGGCCAAGUAUCUUGAGCUCCAGAACGACAUGGAGACGUUGCAGAAACAGUUCGACAAGGUGAGCACAAAGCCUAAGCAAUCUUCGGGGUGGGCGUCGGGGUGGAAGAAGCUGAGCAAGCUUGCAAAAAUGACGGAGAGCAACGAACAAGCGAGUCAAAUGGCGAAUACGGAUCAACCUAGGAAGGGUCCGAGACGAUGGAGGAAUUCGAUCUCCUAAUCUUGCGGGCUAUGUCAAGAUUCGAUUUUGAUUCCGACUUUGAUCUCAGGGUACUCAAAGAAAGUAGUAUUGUGAUGCUAUAUAGAGUUCUGAUUGAUUAUGGUCUUGUGUGUAUUGUGGUCUGUUUAGGUAGUUUGGAAUGCGUUUCCCUACAUACUUUACUCACUAUCUUUAUAAGAAAACAUUCAUUCUUUUA